AUGCUGUGGCUCAUGCGCCUUGACAACCCCGAGACGCCGUCGCGCGUUGCUCGCAUCCUCGAGAUGAACGAGUCGGACUUUGCACUGGUGACGCGCUACUCGUUGACGUUGGGUAUUGAAGCCGUUGAGAGCUACGCACCGGCGGCCCCCCUGCCGCCUGGCGCCGCGCUCUACCUGCAACAUGUGAAGCUCGACGAUGUGUGCAACGUCGAAAAGUUCCCCCUCGUCGAAGUAGGCGAAGGUGACCCGCCGUUUUUGAUCGAGUGGCUCAAGAUGCAUAUGAUGUGCGUACUCGGUGGCAAGGUGGUGGCGGCGCAGGCGAUCGCGCUUGCGCCGACCGACCCCGAGGCGGCCGCCGAGGUGCUCAAGCAAGCAAUUCCAGACAUGAACAUUCGUGUCGCGGCGCGCGCGACCCGCAAGAAGACGUCGGCGACGGCGUCCGAGUACAAGGCCAUGAUGCACGCGCUCGAGGUCGUUGGCAAUAUGGACGUUCUGGACGCGUUUCUCGGUGACGCGCUCCGCGUCGUCCGCGGCACGCACCUCGCACCUGUCGCGAAUUGGAUUCACCGCAUGCUCUGUCGCUUUGGCUGGGAGGCGCUGCUGCCGGCCAUGCGGCGGCUCGUCUCGCGCUGGGGCCGGUGCAUGGCGUCGUCGUCGCACGUGGUCGACUUGCUAGCGAGCUUGGCGGGUUGCACCGACACACCCGCAUGUCCUCGCUUGGAGCUGCCGUUUGCCACCGAGUGCAUCAAGCUGCUCUGGCGCCGCCUCCAGACUGCGGUCGCGCGACUGCUCGAGGACGGCCGCUACAAGGCCGACACCAACACGCUCGUCAAGCACAUUUUACGACUCGAGCACUAUUGGGAUGUGACGGACGAGCUGACGUGGUUUGGCGCGCGGUUGCCGCGGCAGGCGACCGCCAUCAUUGACCAGUUUCGCUUUGGCGUGCUGACGCCGUUCUUAUCGCAGCUAAACAAGCCGACCUACCAUGAACGUAUUCCGUUGAGUGAAGCAGCCGUGGCGGUCGCCGCAGUGCGCAAGGCGGUGCCGACGCUGCCAUGUACCAAGUACGUGACGCCACUCUGGCGCUGGCUCGAUGCCGACACGAAACCCAAGGCGCUGUCGGUGGCGGCCGUGCACAGCCUUUUGUGGCUCGCCCAGUUGGAUACCGCCGUGCCUCUGGACGAGAAGCUGAUCGAGCGUCUCUGGCAGCGCUCGGGGCGGUUUGCUGUGGAAGGCGCCUGGGCGACAGGCCCGAUGCUGCCGCCACCCGCCUUGGCACUGCUCGUGCAGUAUACCGUGGCGUCGGCCGGCGUGUACGAGUCGGCGACGCUGGACCCCGAAACAAUCACGAACGCACUGCCCCUUUUGCCCUACGUGGCACUCUCGCGCAAGCUUGUGGUUCGGCAAAAGGCGAUGACCGCGCGCCACCUGGCGGCGUUGACGUUUUUGAAGGCGCAGGCGGCAUCGACGGUGCUCUCGUACGUGUCGAAGCUCGUGGCGCGCGUGCCCAACGCGCCGGUCCUCCAGGCCAUGUGGCGCCGCGUCCUCGACGAGCUUUGCACUGCGAUGCAGACGACGAUGCCGAUGGCCGUGGAUGCGAUUGCGCUGCUCGCCGUGCUGACGCAGGACCGGAAGCGCCCGCUCGAGACGCCAAACCAGCGCAAGGGGCCCCCGCGCCACCGUCGGCGCUUCUUCUGACUCGACCGCACGUCGAGAUUGUCACUUAGUCUUUGAUGCAAAGGACACAAUACAUUGGUAUG